CGACACACGCUGCCUGUCGUUAACCUCGGAUUGUCGACCUUUGAGGCUACGGGCGCAAUUGUAUACCUCACGAAACCUACCAACUUCCUCGCCACGGGCUCAAGAUGCCUGAUAUAGAUCCAUCGGCUCUGAGCCGCCCUUCAAUAAGCAUUGGAACGCCUACACUAUCUUCCAAGGCGCUGUCGGCAACAGGCGGCUUGUCCAAGCCCAAGUCGAGUCAAAUCAUACCGACGCGCAUAGAUCUAGAACCAUACUAUGCGGCGAUCAAGGCUGAGAUCCCUUCGGAAAAAUGGACUCUAUACAAGGAAACGGUCGCCAACUUGGCAUAUGGUCGCCUAAACCAAUCCGAGUUCUCUGCGAUAAUCGACCCCUUGAUACAAAGUCCCAAUGGCGAAAAAGUACAUCACCACAAUCGCCUGAUCAUGGCCAUGAUUGCCAAUGUAUCGAGGGAGGUCCCAGAUCCUGGACAGGCUGCGUGGGUCAGCGCCAACGACAAGCCCACCGCUCCUCAGGGCAGCAAGCCUGUCACCGGCGAUGCGGCGGAACGUCUUCUGAAAGGUGGCGUGAUGCAAUUGCCGGCCAGAGACAGGCGGCGCAUCAAAGACUUAUCACACAAUAAUUUCGACCCUCAGCAAGAGUUAGCCAAUGUAUUCUCAGAUAUAAGGCGCAAGCCAGCGCCAGCUCCCGAGCUUGCGCAGAGCGCGACAGGCGUCAUGUCCAACAUGAACUUUGAUAUCGAGAUCAGAAAGCGCUACAAUGCGCCCCUCGCCAUUGAAUCGGGCGAGUUCCCGGAUAGCAAUGUGGUGAGCGGCCGCAUGCUCCCAUUGUGUUACGAGGCCGGUCUGGCAAGUGGCCACUCCCCCGAGGCACCCCAGCUUCUCACCGUGGCUGUGGAAACAUUUAUCAAAGAGAAUCUGGCAACAAUCUUCAGCCGCACGCGAAGUAAUGGACCCGGUGAUGCCGGCAACGCCGGCUUCGGCGUGGGGAUCAAUUGGAUCCAAACGGCACAAUAUUCGAAGCAGCUUCAUCUUGAGGAGAACCUUGCACAGAACGGGAGACUGACCAGGGACAAAAAUGGUCUUCUGCCGGUGGAGGCGAAAGCAGCUAGCGAGCGCGGCCCCUUGACUGUUGCUGAUCUUCGCCUCGCGAUUGAGGUGGGCGAAACAGGCUUCUCCCACUUCCCAGCCUUGCGCACACAAAUCUUGCAAGGCUAUCGCGAGGGCGAACUCGAGAAUUACAACGAAUAUUCCUAUGUCUCUGGACACGAGACUACGGACCAAGUCGACGAAUACGUCCCAGCACUGGUCAAUGGCGAGCCAGAUGCCACCGUGAUGAACGGGAUGGGAGAACCCAUGGACGUCGACACCACUCUGGAGUGGGAAGGUGCCGAGGAGGGCGACAUUGACUUACUGGACAAUGUGCUUGAUCAGAUAUUAGUUGGCACGUAAACGCCCCGGACACAGGUUUCAGUUGUGCGCAACUGCAAAUUCAUCCCACAACAAACGCCUUACCUGCGCGCGAGAACGCGUACGAAGCGCACUUAGCACCUUUGGGGAUCGGCGGAUGUCCAGAAGGGCGCAAACCGAUCGCUUGGGAAAGAGGCCAUUGAGAUCAUCUUCCAUGAGCACUUCGUCGUCCCUCAGACAUGGUGGUCAGGCUUGAGCUGCCCCGCUAUAUCGAUUAUACAGCAGGUUGACUCGGUGAUGGCCCGAGGGCAAGGCCAAAGAAGCGUU